AGUUGCUGCCUCACCAUGCCUGAGCCGGUGAAGUCCGCUCCCGCCCCGAAGAAGGGCUCCAAGAAGGCCGUGACCAAGGCGCAGAAGAAGGACGGCAAGAAGCGCAAGCGCAGCCGCAAGGAGAGCUACUCGGUGUACGUGUACAAGGUGCUGAAGCAGGUGCACCCCGACACGGGCAUCUCGUCCAAGGCCAUGGGCAUCAUGAACUCGUUCGUCAACGACAUCUUCGAGCGCAUCGCGGGCGAGGCGUCGCGCCUGGCGCACUACAACAAGCGCUCGACCAUCACGUCCCGGGAGAUCCAGACGGCCGUGCGCCUGCUGCUGCCCGGGGAGCUGGCCAAGCACGCCGUGUCCGAGGGCACCAAGGCCGUCACCAAGUACACCAGCUCCAAGUGAGCGGCGGACCGCACCGCAACCCAAAGGCUCUUUUCAGAGCCACCCACACUUUCAGCGGAAAAGGCUGUUCGCACACGGCAUCAGGUUUGGGAACCUGGACGUUUGGUCAACUUUUUAGCCUUCGGUAAGCCUCCUGUGAACCCCUGUCCAGAUUUUUCCAGUACUGGUGUCCCCAAGGGUUCCCCCCGCGACGCUCAGCCUCCUCUGCCUCUCCAAGUGGGGGAAACCAGGGCUGCGUUGUGAGCAGCAGGGUUUCACUAUGUAGUCCCGGUGGCCUGGAACUCACUAUGUGGACCAGGCUGCAUCAGAACUCAGAACGAUCCGGCCGAUUUCUUACUGGAUGUUUGAGACAGUGUCACCAUGGCUGAGACUGACUGACCUGUAGAUCCUACAGUUUUCCCAUCCUGCCCACAACUGGGAGGCGAGGUCAUGGGUGUGUAUCACCACUCUAGGCAAGAACAGCCACCCGGUGCCCACACUUCUUCUCCUAUUCAUUGUGAACAGAGAACUGAACUGUUCUAAUGUGCUGGGCUGUGAUGUUGUUCUACAAUCACAACAGAAAACUAGUGAGUGUUUUGUUCACUGAAACACACACACAGGCUGCAAAGAUGGAAAUGCUAUGGCCAACAGCUGGUUGGCUGCACAGGGCAGGUUGCUAAGGGCUGCCCAGUGUGGGCUGAGUACCUCUAGGGCCUCCAACCAUCCAAACACCUUCUGUCCCUGUUCCUCCGCUUCCCUGAGGGGCAGCAACACUUCCUCUUACUACUCAGAAGCUGGUCAUUUUGGUUUAUAUUAAUGUGAAUGCAGGUUUUCUGUGUGCCGUAAACACUGUUUAGAUAACUCAGUACAGUGCACAUGCAAUUGUGGAUCUCAACCUCAUUCCUAACUCAUAAGGCAACAGCAGCUCUCAGUGCGCCGAAGGCUCAUUUUCCAGCACACGUCUGAGUACCAGGCACGCAGCACUAGGGGAAAAGUGAUUCCUUAUCCCCCCAGACUUCCUGGUACAGAGGGAGGGACACCACAGAUGGAGUUUCUCCUCUUCUUGUCCUGGAACCCUCUCUGUAGACCAGGCUGGCCUUGAACUCACAGAGAUCUGCCAGCCUCUGGGAUUAAAGGCUUGUCCCCGCCCCACACACACACCCAGCAUGGAUUGUCUUUUCAAGGAGAAACUCAUUCAUGGGAGAAAAAGGAGAAUUUAAAUUGGGCUCCUCCUCAUAUAGAAAUUAUAACGCCAUUCACACCCCCACCUCCUCACCCUAACCAGCCUGUCCUUACCAUCGGAUUAGUCAGAGACAAAACCAAUAUGAAAUAAAUACAUGCAUAUGGACAUAUGACGGGCAACUCACAAAACCUACAGUUAGCAAGCUGGAGUUGGUGGUGUAUUUUCAGUUCGGAACCGAGCAGCUCAGCAGCAAGAGCUGAUAACCUUUCAAUUCGCACUGAAAAACAGCAAGACAAUGUCUCCGCCCGAAAGCUGUUAGUGUUGGAAGGCAUGGCCUCUACUGUGUGUAUUGGGGUGAGUGGGGUGCUGGUGUGUUGGGGUGAGUGGGGUGCUGGUGUGUUGGGGUGAGUGGGGUGCUGCUUCUGUGCUGUUUGGGCCCUGCAGUCACUUGGACGAUGCCCACUUCCAUCCACGAGGACCAUCUUCUUCCCCCCGUAAAUGUUAAACUCAUCUAAGGAGGGAUGGAAGAGUUGCACAGGAAACCUACGGAGAUGUUUGACCAACUGUGUGGAUGUCUAGCUCAUCGCCCUGUCCAGAAGCUGUGGAACAUUAACCUUCGGCAGUUUGCUGAAAGAGAAAACAAGAUUUAAAAAUAAGAAGGAAGUUGGAGACAUGCCUCAAUGGUCAAGAACGCCUACUGCUGCUCUUGGACCCACAUUUAACUCCCAGAACCCACAGGGUGACACACAACUGCUUGUCAGCGCAGUUUCCUUUGAACUGUCUGAGCUCUUGUGAGCACGUGGUGCAAUGCACACACUGAGGGACACAAGCAUAUACAGAGAAAUAAAUAAAGGUAUUUUAAAGAAG